CGGCGGAAGAAGAAGGUGCGGGCCAGCCCGGCCGGGCAGCUCCCCAGCCGCUUCCACCAGUUCCAGCAGCACCGGCCGAGCCUGGAGGGUGGCCGCAGCCCGGCGCCGGGGCCGCUCGUCGCGCAGGAGGAGCGAGGUGCCGCGGCUACCGGCCUGCUCCACAGACAGCCCCCACUCGCGAAGGAGGUUUUAAAAUCAAAGAUGGGAAAAUCGGAGAAAAUUGCCCUUCCCCACAGCCAACUUGUGCAUGGUAUACACUUGUGUGAACAACCAAAGAUAAACAGACAGAAAAGCAAAUACAACUUGCCACUAACCAAGAUCACCUCUGCAAAAAGGAAUGAAAAUGACUUUUGGCAGGAUUCUGCUUCCUCCGAUAGAAUGCAGAAGCAGGAAAAAAAGCCUUUUAAAAAUACUGAGAACAUUAAAAGUAACCAUUUGAAGAAAUCAGCAUUUCUAACUGAAGUGAGCCAAAAGGAAAAUUACGCCGGAGCAAAGUUCAGUGACCCACCUUCCCCUAGUGUCCUCCCAAAGCCUCCGAGUCACUGGAUGGGAAGUACCGCUGAGAACCCCAGCCAGAGCCGGGAGCUGAUGGCAGUGCACUUGAAAACGCUCCUCAAAGUGCAGACUUAGGCUUCAGUCUGCAGUGUGUAGUAAACAUAGAUUUCCCCCAGAUCUCUGGACUUUAAAGGAAAUGGAUACAGCAGUGGAAACUUGCCAUGUUGCAGCAUCCAACACAAUGAGCUUAAGUCACACAAGCAGCUUGUAUUAUAUUUUAUAUUUUGUAAAUACUGUAUACCAUGUAUUAUGUGUAUAUUGUUCAUACUUGAGAGGUACAUUAUAGUUUUGUUAUGAAAGUAUGUAUUUUGCCCUGCAGAUGUGGUGGGUGUUUUGUACAUAUGCAGUGGAGAUAUUCUAAGUGGGUGCUAAGGCACAUGGAAGACUGUUUAUUUGCACAGGUACCGAAAUUUUUUUUAAGAACAGCUGUCAAAUCUCAAAAGUGAAGAUCUAAAUGUGAACAAUUUACUUAUGUACUACUGAAAGUUAAAUCUGGCACAAUCACUGUAAACAUGGAGUUUGUGUUGCUCUAAAUUGACUUUACUUUUAAUCUGCAAUUACUAGAAAGCUUCCCAUUUUUACCAAACUUCAUUUCUGGAUAUUGGUAUUUUGCCAUUAUUGAGAUUUAAAACACUCUAAUUUUAAAUACCAACAAAAUUGGUUGUAAUCAAAUUUUAAAUCAAUAAUAAUAAUUUGGCCUCC